GAAGGAAUGGCUCGCAGGCGGCAACCUUGAAUUGUGGAUUGUAUCCGUAAUGGACAACGAAGGUACUGCACUCCGAUUCAGCAGCAGCAGCAUCAGAUUAGAUCAGUAGUAGAAACAUGCCAUUACGAUGAGCGCGCGAGACAGCCAACACGACGCUCACAGCCACAUUUCCCGCCGACACAGCGUAGGCCUGGCCGACCUAUUCCACCACCGCAUAACGGAUACGGGAGACUUGAUACAGAGUCCCAUCCAGCUUAAAGACAGGUGAUCCUUCUCGGCGCUACCUUAAUCAAAGCAUCAUUAAGCCAUGGCUGUCCUCUCCCCUGUAACAUCAACAUUCAAUAAUCUCCUUCGCGACAUUCCCAACACCGACAACCUCAAGGCUGAGCACGAGAUCAAGCUCCUCGACAAGACAAGGCCAUCCGACUCUCAGGAUCGAGUUGAUGAAGAAGAAGAUGCUGAACGGAAUGAUAGUGUUCCGACCGAUGCAGGACCAGCUACCCUCGAACCACUGAUCAAGCGCAUGACUAAUAAUUCCAUCAACCUUCCGGAAUCGAUACGACAGCAGAUCGCCAAGCAGAAGUACGCUCGCUAUGGUAAGGACAGGUAUACCGACAACAGCACCGAAGCGGGCGAUGCGACACAGCUGAAUGGGGAAGGCGCAUCAAGUCAAGCCGGAGAAGCAGCUUCAACCGCGCAGCAGAACCGCCUCGAGCGCAACCUUGCAUAUGCUCGCAACAUUCUGAAACGCAGGCGCGCUGUCUUGCGCGGCGCGGAGAAGGAGGAUACGGUCAUCGACAUCCUCUACGAGAACCAGCGUGGCUCCUUCCUAUUCGGUGUCCCACGCUACUCGUCUGCUUCGCUCCUGCCAUCUGACCCCAAGCCGUGGCAGAACGCUCAGUUCCGCACGUCACCCGUCGACAUCCGCAACGCGCAGGUGCCGGACCCGAGCUGGGAGUGGGUGUGGAAGAGCUGGUACGUCGACAUGAGCCGCGAUGUGGACGAGGAAGGGUGGGAGUACAGCUGGGUGUUUCGAACGGGCAAUUGGGGUGGCGUGUGGCAUGGCAAUCAUCCCUGGUUCCAUAGCUUUGCGCGCAGGCGGCGCUGGUUGCGCAUGCGGAGGAGGAAGCAUAGCACGCGUAAGACGCGGGAGGCGGGCCAUGAGCUGAAUGCUGACUACUUCACCAUCCAUCCGAAGACCCUCAAGCCGUUGAGCGAUGUUAGUGAUCCGGCGAAACGAGCUCGGCUGGCACGGAUGCACGCGGAAAUGGAAGAUGAACCGGACGUUGAAAAGAUCGACAUAACAGACAUCGGCUCGCUCAUCCGCAUACUUCGGAAAGCGUCCGUAGACCGCGAAAGGCUGGUCGCGGUCCGCAGAUUUGUCGACGGUGGUGGAGAGGAGCUGUACUACCUCGGCCAACGCAUGCCAGAGAUCAUGUCGCUCUUCGUGUACCAGUCUUCGCGUCGACAGUUACUUUCUAAUCUUGUCGCGCACCACGAGACCGCUCACGAGCAGCAACAGGACCUGGCGAGUCACGACCACGACAAAGACACCGAGGAGAAGCAGAAGAAGCACGCUGAUGCUGUCCGCCGAGCAGAUAAUCUUCACGCUGCGGUACAAGCCGCAGAGUCUCAAGUCAAGCACCUGGAGUACUGGUCAGACAUCAGAGAUAUGGCUGAGCAUGAUCAGCUUCACGACGAUGAGCUGAUGACCGAAGUUGGAAAGGAAGGCCAUCUCCACGACUCCUUCAUGUACAAGCAAUCCGCGUCUGAAGGCGCCCAUGAGCUGCACAGGCACGCCGAGCAUAGCAACUCAGUCGCGCCCUCUAAGCGCUCCAGCAAAUUCUUCGACGCACCAACUUCGCCGCCCUCUGCCCGCACGAGCCAGAAGCAACCAUCGUCGCAGCAUCUAGGCCGGAGCCCCGGUAACGGUAGCGAAACGAGCGACGAGCUCGAUCGUUACACCACCGCCGCCGAGUCUGUGGGCGGCGAAAGCGACUACGCAGGCUCUUCGAAGGUCUUCUCGCCCGCGCAGAAGGGGAAGGAGAAGGCUACACGACUCUCAAAUCUGGAUGGCAUGAUGGAGGAGGAGCCCGUCUCGCCGGAAACGGGAGCGUCGGCAGAAGGUGGAAAGGGAAAGGUACGGGUUGUUGACCCGACGCCGGUGCAGGAUGAAGGCGAUGUGAUUGAGAGGGAGAAUGCAUGACUACGCUCGGGCGAGGGGAUGAAGACGCCGCCGAAGACGCCGGAUAGCCUUGCGGAGACGAGGAGAGUAAUGAGGGGGAGGAGUUGGGUUGAGCAGGCAUUCUUAUGAGCGCGCAGUGUGGCGUAAGACUGGGCUAGGGAGGCAUUCGGUAGUACGGCUUUGACCUUAGCGUGGCGUUGAGAAACUGGGUUUUUAGUGGUAUUGCAUCGGCAUCAGAAGUGAGAAUACAGCAAGGGCAUGAUACACUUCACAAUGACAACGGCAGUGCUAUAGGCAGAUGCAUGUCAAGGUCCUCGCUCAUGCCACGCUGUCUAGCACCCUGGCCUCGCUUCCAAACUGCCAGUACCACCUGUCGCAU